GAACCAUUUCGCUCCCCAUCUUGUUUAUUCAUCUCAUCUCUCACUCCAUCAUCCGUUAAUCCCAUCCAGCUGCCUCAAUACCACAUCAUGCUCUCCUCUGUGCGCGCCUCUGCCGCCACCUCCGCUGCCCUUCGUCGCGCUGUCAUCUCCUCUUCCCAGACCAGCGGUCGCCGCCUGUUCUCUGUUAGCGCCGUCCAGAGGGCCGUGGCCAACAACAAGCCUUCCACGCCCUCGUCCUCUGGCUCUAGCUGGCUGACGAUCGCAGGCCUAACCGCCCUUGCCGCCACCUCUGGAUAUUACCUUUUCAGCCCUGCCGAAGGCAAAACUGCUGUCACGAAGGACAACGCUGCUGUAGCUGCAGCCGGCGGUGGUGUUAAGGCUGUUCCCGAAAAGAAACCCUCCAGUCCCGAGGCCCUUGCUGCCGAGAAGAAGAAGUUCCUCCAGGAAACGACCGUUAUUUUCGUUCUUGGUGGUCCUGGUGCCGGGAAGGGAACUCAGUGCUCGAAUCUCGUUCGCGACUUUGGGUUCGUGCACCUGUCUGCCGGCGAUUUGCUCCGUGCUGAGCAGGAGCGUCCUGGAUCACAGUACGGCGAGCUUAUCAAGACCUACAUCAAGGAGGGUAAUAUCGUCCCCAUGGAGGUUACGAUCGCUCUGCUUGAGAACGCCAUGCUGGCCAGUGGCCAGAGACGAUUCUUGAUUGAUGGCUUCCCACGCAAGAUGGACCAGGCCUUGAAGUUCGAGGAGGCCGUUGUUCCAAGCAAGUUUACCCUCUACUUUGAAUGUCCAGAGGAGGUCAUGCUCAAGCGUCUGAUGAAACGUGGAGAGACCAGUGGAAGGGCAGACGAUAACAUCGAAUCAAUCAAGAAGCGCUUCAGAACUUUUAGUGAGACGAGCUACCCUGUGGUCGAGUACUACAAUAAGAGCAACAAGGUUCACACCGUGUCAUGCGUAGACUCCCCUGAUGAGGUCUAUGCCAGGGUCAAGGGCAUCUUCAACAAGCUCUUUAAUGAAAACAAGUAAAAUCUAACCGUCGCAAGCAUGGAUCCACAGCGCCUAGACCACGUUUUGUAAUUUAACCCGUAGGAUACAAAUGCACUGCAACGUUUGCAUUUUGGAAAAUAAAGCAUAUCGACUCCUUUU